AUGAUUAUUUUAAUUGUCAUUACUCAUCAGAAAGAUGAAGAUGAAGAAGAGGAGGAGGAUGAAGAAGAUGAUGAUAAUAAUGACGACGACGAUGAAAACGAAGACGAUGACGAUGAUGAAAGUGACAACAAAACGUACAUCUGCGGUAGCUCAAACGUGAGCGUGAUGUGCCGUUUAUGUUUCAUUAUGUGUUCACCUGGUUCAAAUCUUGUCUCCGCCGAACUCCAAAUUCACAAAAUGCACCAAGCCGUCAUGUUUCCUUGUGCACAUUUCGUUGAUCCAAGGCUCUCGCAUUACGACGAACGACUGACGCACUCCAUCUCAGAAAUUUAUAGACACGCGAACUCAGGCAAAUAUUUACACAACCUCCAAUUGCCUGGUCGCAACAUCAGCAGUUGCGCAACAACACGUGUGUCUAAAAAAUUUCCAGCUGACCAAUCAGUGAUGAUCACUCUGCAAUCUCGUGGGAUGUGCUUGAUGUAUGAAUUCAAAUGUCCGAGAGUGAAAAUAUAUUUUGAAUUAGAAUAA